GGGGCGUUAAAGGCGCCGCGUCCCCGCGCUGGAGCGGCGCGGCCAUGGCGUACCAGGGAUUCGCGCAGGAGUACCUGGGCAUGCCCGCCGUGACCCGCGCGUACACCACCGCCUGCGUGCUCACCACCGCCGCCGUGCAGCUGGAGUUCAUCACCCCCUUCCAGCUGUACUUCAACCCCGACCUCAUCUUCAGGAAGUUCCAGAUAUGGAGGCUGAUCACCAACUUCCUCUUUUUUGGGCCCCUGGGAUUCAGUUUCUUUUUCAACAUGAUAUUUCUGUACAGGUACUGCCGCAUGCUCGAAGAAGGCUCCUUCCGUGGAAGGACGGCUGACUUUGUCUUCAUGUUCCUCUUCGGAGGGUUUCUCAUGACACUAUUUGGACUCUUUGCCAGCCUGUUUUUCCUGGGCCAGGCUUUCACCAUCAUGCUGGUGUAUGUGUGGAGUCGCAGGAACCCUUAUAUCCGCAUGAACUUCUUUGGGCUUCUUAACUUCCAGGCCCCCUUCUUGCCCUGGGUCCUGAUGGGAUUCUCUCUGCUCCUGGGCAACUCCAUCAUCAUUGACUUGCUGGGGAUUGCAGUGGGUCACAUCUAUUAUUUCUUGGAAGAUGUUUUCCCCAACCAGCCUGGAGGAAAGAAGUUGCUGUUAACCCCUGGCUUUCUGAAGAUGGUAUUUGACACACCUGAAGAGGAUCCCAACUAUAACCCUCUGCCUGAGGAUCGUCCAGACCACCAACCCAGAGGCCAAGACCAGAACGAGCAGCAUCCACAGUAACACAGGGGACUUCUUCAUGUGGCCAGAUUCCUCUCUUCCGGCUGGACUGACGCUGUGGCCCAGAAAUCCCACUGGAAUAACACCAGUUGCCAUUCCGACGUGUAACGUGUCACUGUCUGUCUGGGUAACCCAUCCUCCCCUUGUACCGAGCGGAUCCACAGAGCUUUGCACGUGAGAACUGAUGAAUACUAAGAGGUGUUCUAGGGACAGGGACUGAAGCUGUGACAGCUCCUCAGUUACUCAGUGGGGAAUAAGUAUCAAAUGGGGUGUUAAACCAGUUACUCCUUCUCUUUCUGUUAAUGACUUGCUGUGUGCCAGGUCACUCUUGCCCUCUGUACAAAGACUAAUGCACCUGGCCCUCACUGUUGUGAGACCUCUUUGUGGGCUUUCAAUGAAGUAGUACUGUACCAUGGUAGAAUGCAGCUCAGCCUCUUCCUUUCCUUUACCCCACUCCUUUUUGGUGGUUGUUUCCAAAGAGUCUUUACAUUAAAGUCUUUAUUUUUCAGUUGUGUGUCCAUUUCUGCUGGGGGCAGAGGCAGCAAUCCAUCAGGAAUUUGCUCAAAACUGCCAGGUUGCUUGGGCUUUUCUUUUCUGGUGGGCAAUGCCAGGUUCAGUCUAGCUGGGAGAUGUCCUUCCCCUCUGCUGUCAGCUGGGCUGCAGAGGAUGACAAGGGGUGUGAGGGGUGUCUAAUGGGAGAAAGGGGUGCCUGGGAAAGGACAGGGGACUGAGCUGGACACUUCACCCAGGCAGUGACUGGAAGCAGCACUUGACACUGGUAAUAAAGACUCUCUGCACCUGCAGUGUAA